UCUGGGUGAAGCGGCGCCCCCCGGGCGCUGCCCCGCUGCCAGCGCUGCCCUACCCCGGGGCGGGGCGGGGCGGGGCGGGGCCGGCCGCGCGCCGCAGCGCCCCCUCCGCCAUUUCCCGUUGGGCGCCGGCGGCCGGUGCGUCUCCCUCGGACCGACAGGGCAGCCAUGGGGGUCCGGCGCGGAGCGGAGCCCGCGGGCAUGCCGCCUGUUGCGAGAUUUCUAUAAAUAAAUACACCACCUGCUUGUUUGAAAGAACAGGGUGUGUUUUCUGCUUUACUGAUGCGGAGCUUUUCUGAAAUACAAGCUGGUGACUUCCAAAACUUCAAAGGCUGCUUUUUUUCUGAUGAGAAGCAAACGCAAAACAACCCAAUCUGAACUCCAGUUAAAAAUGGGCCGCUACCGAAGACUAUGAGGAAGGAUGAAGCUGAGUUUUGAAAGUGCUGGGUGCUUCACACAGCUCCCAGGGGAGUUACUGUGAGCCCAGGCUGAUAAGGUGCAGAUGCAAAAUGUUGAUUUUAUCAUCAGUAGUUUAUAUUUCUUAAUCACUGUGGAAACACUGAUGGAUGUACCAAUGCAUUUUUAUCAGCUUGUGUACAUCAUCGUUCUGUCUGCAGCUUGUUGCAGCUUGUCUGAAAGAUUUCUGGGAGGGCCACCUCAAAACCUACAAAUGGAAUCAUCCAAUUUUCAGCAUAUUUUGUCCUGGCAGGCAAAAAGUGAUCCAGCUCUUCCAACAUACUAUCGUGUGCUGUAUACUGACCGCAGGAACUGGAAGAUUGCUAAACAGUGUUCAGAUAUUACGCAACUCUCCUGUAAUCUGACAGAUGAUUUUAAAGAGACUUUUACUCAGUAUUCUGCAUUGGUUGAGAGCAUCGUAGGAACUGAAGUUUUCAAUUCUUCUCUACUUCAUUUUGCGCCACUUACUGAUACAUUCCUGGGACCACCAGAAAUUAAUAUCAGUUCCUGUCUCAACUGCAUAAAUGUUACCAUAAAGCUGCCAACCUCUUACUACAGAGAAAAUGAAAAGCUCCUGUCUUUAAUUGAUAUAUAUAAAAGCCUUUAUUAUGUUAUAACACUAAAAACACCUGAUGGAGAGCAUAAGAGGCCGCAGGAGGAAACCACUGAAGAAAUUUUUAAUACUGUCAUUGAAGAAUUGUAUCCAAAUAGAAAUUACUGUGUGUCUGUUAUGAUCACUGCAUCUAUAAACAAACAUUCCAUCCCAUCAGCCUGGAAAUGUGUAACUGCGGACUCUGUAGCUGAACCAGUUGCAGAUUAUCAUACAGCUGCAGUCGCAGGUGCUAUGUGUGUUUCACUGAUGUUAGCUGGUGUCCUGAAGUGUUUGCAUGCAGGAGGCUAUAUUCUUCAAACACAAGCACUUCCACGUGCCUUGGUGUUCAUAAGGACAUUAACCUAUUCACCUUGGACGUUUGAAUCUGAAAAAAUAGCCUCUGUAGAGAUCAUUUACAAAGAGAUGAAGAAAAAGGCAAAUGAAUCUAGUGGUGGUGUCAGUGAUGAAGAUGACAGUGAUGACAGUGAAAGCAAUGCCAUAAGUAAUCAUGACUAUACAAGGCGUGAUAUUUUAAGUAGAGUACCUCAUGUCUCUGACACGUCGAAUGUAUUUGUGCCGUACUCUACAGAUAGUACAUGUGAUGACAGCAGCAGCCAGGCAAGUGAAAAUCCAGAUGCUAACCCAGAAGAUUUUGAAAACCAUGAGAUGGACGUUGAAGAAGACAAAGACACAAGUAGUGAGUUACUUAAUCCUUUCUCUAAGGUAAAUAGUAACUGUUCUUCUAGGCAAAGAGAGAGUCCUUGCUUUACCAUUGACUUAAAAACUGUGCUGUUGGGAGCCUCUGAAGAGGACGUGGAUAGUUCUGCAGCUCUUCUUUCUUCCCAAGAAGAUGCAGUUGACUGGCAAUGUGCUCGUUCUUUUGAAGCAAAUCUGGAUGACACAGAAAACAUGCAGAAACCAAACUGUCAUAAUGACUCUCAGGAAUGGCAAAAUUCCUGUCAUUCUUCCGAUGAAAGUGACUCAUCAGAUUCAGAUAUGGAGCAAAACACUGAAUACAUAAGAAGAUGAUUGUGAGAACUACUAUUAUUUCAUAACAUACAUAUUGAUAGUGUCCAACUUUUAUUUCUGGACUCAACAUACUGAUCUUGUCUUUUUUUUAAGCAUUCCGUGAAUAUAUGUCUGAACCCUUAAAAUAUGUAACACUCAUUUUUAAUAAAUAAAAUCUGAUCUCUCCAGGUUGUUCCAGGUAUGGUUCAGGUUGGAUUAUCCACAGAGAAACAAAAAUGACUAUUCAGGUGCAGCAGAAAGAGUAGCUAUUUCAUUUUGCAGUUUGGUAGUGAAUUUACCUUCUAGCUGUUAUGAAGUAAAUAUUUUUUAGUAGUAGUA